AUGUUGGCCUCAUCUCCAAUCUUGAGUGGAUCAUAUGGAUCAUCACAAGCAACUCAGCUCGCGCGUGAAGAUCAUAAGACAACUGCAGAAGCAGGAAUUCGGCGUGGGAUGAUCAAACUAAAAGGGGAAAUAAUGAUAACAGUACAUGCUUGGCGCAAAGAAUCAGAUAGCUGGGAACGG